AUGAAUGCGAUGAUUACUGUUAUUGCUAAGGGUAUUCCAAAAACUAAAAAAUUGUGUUGUGAUAAUAUCGCUUUAUACUUGAGUCAGUAUGGAGAUUUGAGAAAGAGGAAGGAUUGGAUUAAUCAAUUGUUCGAAAUUUAUUUUAAGUCUGAUAGCUACUGUAAUCGAAUCACCUUUAUCAACAUUGUUGAAUCAUUUUCGGAAUACAUUUCUAAGAAAUUAUUCAAACAAUAUGAAUUCUUUGAUAUUUUGAUAUUUUCAAAAGAUCCAGUUGUAAAUGUCAGAAUGAGAUUAAUAAAGAUUUUACCAUUAUUAUAUAAAAAAAUAGAUAGUGAUGAUUUAACUAUUUUAAAUAUGUUCAAUGAAGCUGUAUAGGAUUGUAUUUUAAGUGGAUCUCGUUCUUUUUAAUUUAUGAUUCAGUAAACCAAAGAGGAAUUACUGAAGCCAAAUGAUGAAAAUUUAAUGAAUAAGAGAGACCAAGAGAUGAUGGAAAAAGAGGAAAUCAUCCUCAAGAAUGAUUAAAAGUAAAGACAAUUGUUGUUGGAUUAAGAGAGGGAUGAUUUGGAAAUAAAUAAAAUUGACUUAAAUGAUUACUUAAAUAAAUACAAAAAAAAGUAUCCACUGAGCAAAAUCAAGAAUAGCAAUUAAAGUUAAACUAAUUUGCUCAAAAGAUAAUAAAUUUAAAAUGGAGCUUCAACCUUAAUAAUAAAGAAAUCAGUAGAUUUUGAUUCCAAGAGUCCUUUAUUAGAAUGUACUUAAAUUACAAAAAAGCCAGUCUUGAAAUCCAAGACUCCAACCACAAAGAGUAUUUGUGAUAUUAAAAAGCAAUUCAAGCUUCCAAGUAUCAAAAAAUGA